UUGCAUCUACAUGACGGAGGAAGGAGCACAGAGGGAAGGCUGAACGUCUAAUUUAUUUUUAGCAGCCAAUUGGAACUUUUUUCCCGAGAUGAAGGAGGGAAAGGAAAAAAAAAUUGGUGGUGUACGAGAGAGGCCAGCAGAAGACAGUGUAACCUUUGAGGCUCUGCUGCUUCUGCAAACGCCACCACUCAGCUGCUGAGGCGAGGGUCCAAAUGUCCAAACGGCCUCGGUUUUCUUUCGGGACGUCCUGCUACUAGUGCGGAUUCUGACUGGAGUAAUAAUGAUGGGGCCAUACAGCUGCUCCUGCUACCUCUUCCUUCUCCUGCUACCAGGGUUUGGAACUCCAUUUAACAUUGAUGUGAAAAGACCUCAGAUCUUCCGUGGCCCACAGGAAGCCCAGUUUGGGUACAAAGUCCUUCAGUACACAGCCCAGGGGCAGAAAUGGAUGCUGGUGGGGGCACCUUGGGAUGGGACGGCAGAUGACAGAAAAGGUGACGUUUACAAGUGCAUUGUGGGAGAGAGGAACAACUCCACGUGUGCCAAAGUCAACAUUGGUGACAUGGCCCUGCAGAACAACUCCAGGCAAAUCAAAAACAUGCAUUUUGGAAUGUCGCUUGUGGCCAACAAAGAUGACGGGUUUGUGGCCUGUGCCCCCCUGUGGUCCCAGGAAUGUGGCACUUCCAUGUUCAGCACCGGGAUUUGCACCAGUGUGGACGAGAACUUCCGCCUGACGGAAAACAUCGCCCCAACAGCUCAGAGAUGCUCAACUUACAUGGACAUAAUAAUUGUUCUGGAUGGUUCCAACAGCAUUUAUCCUUGGUACGAGGUGCAGAACUUUCUUAGCAACAUCCUUAGCAAAUUUUUCAUCGAUCCAGAGCAGAUCCAAGUUGGGGUAUUGCAGUACAGCGAGGUUGCUGUCCACGAAUGGACUCUGAAGGAUUACCAAACAGCAGAGGAGGUCAUUGAAGCCGCCAAAAACAUCAGCCGCCAGGAGGGGCUCGAAACUAGGACAGCGUCUGCCAUCCACAAAGCCUGCACAGAGGCCUUUAGCCCAGAAAGAGGCGGGAGAGAGGGAGCCACCAAGCUGAUGAUUGUGGUGACUGACGGGGAGUCCCACGAUGGCGAAGAACUCCAAGACGCCCUGGAAGAGUGUGAGAAACGGAACGUGACACGCUACGCCAUUGCAGUGUUGGGGCACUACAUUCGGCGGCAGAAAGACCCGGACUCUUUCAUCAACGAGAUUAAAUACAUUGCCAGCGACCCUGAUGAGAAGUAUUUCUUCAACGUGACCGAUGAGGCGGCCCUGAACGAUAUUGUGGAUGCCUUAGGGGACAGGAUAUUUAGCCUUGAAGGGACCCGUGAAUACAGCUCAUUUGAGCUGGAAAUGUCUCAGAUUGGCUUCUCUAUGCACCUCCUUGAGGACGGGAUCCUCUUUGGCAUGGUAGGGGCAUAUGACUGGGAUGGCGCAGUCUUGAAGGAGAGCAGGAGUGGGCGGUUCAUCCCGCCAAGGGAGGCCUUUGAGAGGGAGUUCCCCCUGAGGCUGAAAAACCACGCAGCCUAUCUGGGAUACACAGUCUCCUCUAUCAAGCUCAGGAACGGGAAGGGGCUGUAUGUGGCUGGUGCCCCCCGCUUCAAGCACAAGGGGAAAGUGAUCCUGUUUGAGAUGAGCAGCGAUGGCAGCGUAACCAUUUCCCAGGCCCUUACUGGGGACCAAAUUGGCUCCUACUUUGGCAGUGAAAUGUGCCCGGUGGAUGUGAAUGGAGAUGGAAUCACAGACGUACUGCUGGUGGCUGCCCCCAUGUAUCUGGGCCCACAGAACAAAGAGACAGGCCGCGUUUACAUCUACAAAGUGGGGCAGUUGCUCGUGUCUUUCAACGGGACCCUUCAUGCCGACCCGAAACCUCAAGACGCUCGUUUUGGCUACUCCCUUCUGGCUGUCCCUGACCUUAAUCACGACAGCUAUAAUGAUGUUGUGGUGGGCGCGCCGCUGGAGGACAACCACCAGGGGGCAGUCUACAUCUAUCAUGGCUACCGCACCACAGUGCUGCCCCGCUUCAAACAGCGCAUUGAGUCGGCCGGCCUCCGCCAAGGCCUCCGCUACUUUGGCCGCAGCUUGGAUGGGCAAAUAGAUUUGGAUGGGGAUGGCCUGGUGGACCUUGCCGUUGGAGCUCAGGGCGCUGCGGUGGUCUUGAGGUCAAGGAGGAUUGUGCAAGUCAACACUUCGGUCACUGCUAACCCUCCGUCCAUCAAUGUGAUUCAGAAGAACUGCCAGAGGAACAGAAAGGAGUCUCUUUGUGUGACGGCAAACAUCUGCUUCAGGGUGUCUUCCCGGUCUCUGGGCCCGAGGGACAGCCACUUCAGUAUAAAGUACAACGUCUCCCUGGAUGACAGAAAAUUUGGGGCUAGGGCCGUCUUCGAUGGCAACUCCCAAAAGCUGCUGCAGAAGAGGACCCGGGCCACUGUGGGCAGGACAACCUGCUCGGCGGUCCGUUUCCACGUGAUUGACACCUCUGAUUACCUGAGGCCGGUUGCAGUCCUGGUGAAGUUCGCACUGAAUGAUGCUGAGCCAGGCCCUGUGCUGGACGAUAAAUCACCCACCAGUGUUAAGAAAUUGAUCCCCUUCUUUAAGGAUUGUGGUGAAGACGACGAGUGUAUAACAGAUCUGGUGUUGCGAGCUCAGAUGGACAUCACAGGAUCCAGGCAGAAGCCGCACGUGAUCCGCAAAGGGAAGCGGAAAGUCUUGGUGGACGUCCUGCUGGAGAACAAGCAGGAGAACGCCUACAAUGCCAGCCUGUGGCUCUGGUUUUCCAGAAACCUCCACUUUUCCAGCCUCGUGCUCAAGGGGGAGAACUCAGUGAAGGUGGAAUGCACCUCCCCGUCUUCCCAAACCCGAGCUUGCCGUGUGGGCUACCCUGUCUUCAGGUCCUUAGCAAAGGUAGCCUUUGUCCUGGAGUUUGAAUUCAGCUGCUCUACCCUUCUGAACAAAGCACAGGUGAAGCUCACAGCCAGCAGUGACAGCCAUGAAUUGAAUGAGACCCUGACCGACAACAUGGUACAGCCCCUUGCCUAUAUCCGUUAUGAGCCCGACCUUUUGCUGACCAGCGAGUCUACCCUGAACCGCUACGAGGUGCAUCCUGUUGGGACAUUUCCAAGCGGUAUGAGCCCUGAGUUCAGGACUACCGUCAAGGUGCAAAACCUCGGCUGUUACGCGGUGGAGAAUCUCUCCCUUGUCAUGGACCUGCCUGCCACAGCCUAUCAGAACAGUGAAUUCCUCUCUGUCACACGCAUCAUUGCAGAUAACGUGACCUGCACCAUGCAAAAUCUGACAGAGGCCUCUCAAAAUGCAGCUGGUGGUGUGAUGAUCCCUGUUCAUCCGGAAGAACUUGUGCACGUAGAGAAACUGAAUUGCACCAAUGCCAGAUGCCAAGUGGUGAAGUGUGAGCUGCCGCACAUCGAGAGGAACGCGGAAGUCUCCAUCCACCUGCUGAGAGCAGUUCACAAUGAGUUUUUCAGGAGGGCUAAAUUCAAGACUGUGAAGGUUGUGAGCAGGUUCACACUGACCAGCCCGGAAGAGGAGAACCUUCUUCUGCUGCCAGAGGCUGCCCAUCAACGGGAGACCAUCUUGGAGAUCAUCCAGACCAAUCUGGUCCCUCUUUCACUCUGGAUCCUGAUUGGCAGCAUCAUUGGGGGGCUCCUGCUGCUGGCUCUGAUUAUCAUCUGUUUGUGGAGGCUUGGAUUUUUUGCACACAAAAAACCUGGAGAAGAAGAGAAAGAGGAACAAUAAAACAUGGAAUUUGAGCAAGGACUCUUCACACAG